ACCAAAUAAUUUCAACAAUUGCCAUCACUAUCGCUAUCAGCGGUAUUUUUGCCAGCCCUGUCAGCUGUUUAGUAUACAAACAACACCGAUAAGAAAAAAAGGCAGACAGGACCCAGUAAAAAUUAUAUUGGCUUAAAUUUCAAGAAACAUUUGAAUAACAUAAAUUAAACCUAUUUAAUGGGACACCUGGACAAAUGUCGCGUAUGCUCCUGCGAUGUGGCUAGAGACGACGAGGCCUACAACUUACUACAUCAUCCAUAUCUCGCAGUCAAAUUUUCCGAGUGCACAAAUAUAGUGGUGGAUCCUGAUGACCAGGAUAUUCUGCCCAGCGAAAUAUGCUCGGAGUGCUACGAGCUCCUGGAGAAGUUCCACUCCUUUCGAGCACUGUGCAUUAUAGCCGAUAAUAAAUGGCGUUCCAAAAGUCUGGUAACUUGGAAGAAAAUAGAUCGCAGGCAACCCGUUUACGAGGUGGACGAAGAUGAGGACGAGGAGCUGGAGCUGGAGGAACUGCUGUUGGAGCCGCCGGAGAUGAUCAUAUGCGAUAGCAACUUGAGUGCACAGAAUGCACAAAAAAUCGCCGAACAGGCACCGCCGACCUUGGUAUGGAAUACCUUCAUCGAAAAUGUCCCGAAUACCCCGGAAACGGAAAAGAAAGCUUUGGAAGAGCCCCCAUUGACCACAUACAAGUGCGACCUGUGCGCCGACGAGUUUCGCGAGGAAAAGCGCCUUAUUCUUCACAAGAAGGAGCACCAGGGGCACAUGCUGUAUCAUUGCACUGAGCCCGGAUGCGAGGAAGCUUUCAAUCGGUUUGAGAAUCUAAGGCAACACGAGCUGGAGCACUCGGAAGUGGGCAUGCGGUUUGUCUGCGAGGAGGAGGGCUGCAACAGGAUGUACCGACACAAGGCUUCGCUGAAGUACCACCAGAGCAAGGCUCACGACAUUGGCAAGCCUUUGAAGACCCAUAUGUGCGAGUUCUGUGGUCGGGUAUUCAAGACUGGCUCAGCUCUUAGUCAGCAUCGCUUCACACACGGCGACCAGCUGGUCUUGCCCUUUGCCUGCGAACUGCCGGAAUGUACGUUGCGUUUCUAUAGCGCGGAGAAGUUGAAGAUUCACAUGAUGCGCCACCAGGGCAUAAAAAACUUUAGCUGCCCCUACUGUGGUCUCAAGAAGACGACCAAGAACGAAUUGCGACUGCAUAUCAACUAUCAUACUCUGGAGAAGACCUGGUCCUGCAAGGAUUGCCCCAAAGUUUGCAACAGCUCAACGAGUCUUAAGAAACAUAUCCGCACAAUCCACGAAAAAGCACGGGACUACGCCUGCAACUAUUGCGAAAAGAAGUUCGCCUCACCCGACACGCGAAAGUACCACGAAAUGACCCACACUGGCGAAAAGAACUUUGAGUGUCAGGUUUGUGGCAAGAGAUUUAUACAACCCUCUGCCUUGCGCACCCAUCGCAAGGUGCACGAAUCGGGGGAGAAUCAGCAGACUGCUUGUGCUCUGUUGCAACUAUCUAGUAUGGGUUAAACAAGUUAACAUAUUUAACAUAUUUUAGGUUCAGUGAAAAGUACAACAUUCAUAUCGCAUUUUACUUGACUCGCAUCAUAAUUAAUAUUUACACACCUCCUUUAUUGAGGGUUUUAUUACGAUAACAAACAAGAAGAGUAGGGAAGAGGCAAUUUUUAAUCAACUAGUCUGAGUUUCUUAUGGCUCAAGUGCAAGUCACAUUACCCUUGAUAACGAUAACAAAUCAGGAAGUUUAGGGUAAAUACCAUUUUUUAAUAAGCUGUAGUUUUUGUAUCUUACGGAUUAACUAAUUAAUAUGACAAUAACUCGCCAUAACGACAAUAAUGCAGUUGGUGUAGGGUAUAAGGUAAUGACGUUAACCCCAAUUAAUGACAAUAAAUCAGAUGGGUAUAAGUCAAUGGAGGUAACCCCAAAUAAUGACAAUAAAUCAGAUGGGUAUAAGUUAAUGACAAUAAAGCAGAGGUCCUAGGGUACAAGUAUAUGACAAUAAUCCUUAAUAAUAUUAAGUAACCAUGAGGAGAUUAUUUAUGAGGCCAUAACCCUUGAUAACACUAAUCAGGAAGUGUAGGGUAAAUGCAAUUUCUUAAAAAGGCUGUAGUUUUAGUUUUGUACCAUUUAUGUUUACGUCAAACUACCCUUAAAAGC